AUGGAAAUAUGGAAAGCAACAUUCAACAUCCAACAUUCAACAUUCAACAAUCUUGCUUUGACUACAUUCAACAAAUAUGGACAAAUUCAUCCGGAAGCACCGGAUGUAGCAAAUAUGGAAAGCAAAGUAUGGCGAAGACCGACCUUAGGAUCUGUGGAGAAGAAGGGAAUGAAGCCGAAGGAGCCAAAGACGUUUGGAAAGAACACAAAAGCGGUGACUAACCGAGUGUGA